AAGUAUUUGAUUGUGGCAUAAAGUGUGAAGUUUUCGUAGCGCCUAUGAAGGCAGCACUAACGAAACGACAGAGACAAGAGAAACCCACGGAGAGUGGAGUGAGAGAGGAACCUGUACUCUUCCACAGCAUAAGGAGAGAGGAAUCCUCAUCACAUUAUAAUCACUCGCUCAUUUUUUAUUUUUUUUUUACAAAGUGAGCUAGUAAUGGCCUCACUGGGAGACACAUUAUAAUAUAUCUUCGCUAGGUCUGGACUCUGUUUUUUUUUUUUUUUUUUUUUUUUAAAGGUGCACCUUUCUUUUUUCGGGUGUUGGAGCUCAACGGUAUUUCAACUGGUGGAUGAUCGAGAUGGCCCUAAAGCUGCUGAUACGUGUAGAAUGUGAAGAUGGUAGAGAGAGGCCAGUCAUAUGAAUGAAAAAGAGAAAGUGUGGGUUUAACGGUCUUGAUAUGGAGACGUCUUGAAACGAUACCUGGACAGAUUAUGAUUUCAUCAGAAACAACUUUGAAUAUAUAAUUCAUUUAGUUUGUUUGUUAAUGCAAACAUACCUGUCGUGGUACUAUGUUUUUUUAUUUUUCAUAGUACCACAAAUAUUGACAGUGAUAGAUGAAGAUGGCUGGAUGUCAUUGUUUUUUGUAGCAGUGCUAAAAGGGCUGCUGUGACAACAGCCUUAUCUCUUGAUGACUGCAAGUAGAUGACAUUUUAAUGAAAACAAAGGCCUUCUAGACAUGCCUAGAUGUGGUCGUGCAGAUAGCAGUUUAAGAUUUUAGUUAACAGUCGAGCUAUACAGGGUAGGUUCAGUCUGACGAUGAAUCCUAGUGUGGAGGUGAUGGACAUCCAAACAAGAAGUCAAAAGGAAAAAUUGACUCCAAUCAGAGCCAAUUCCAAAAAUGACCUGGAGAGUGAGGAUGACAAAAUCCCAGGGUCCUAUGACUGCAACAUUUGUGGACGCAGUUUCCCUUUCAUGAGCUCUCUGUCACAGCAUAUGAGACGCCAUACUGGUGCACGCCCUUAUAAAUGCCCCUACUGUGACCACAGGGCCUCUCAGAAGGGAAACCUCAAAGUUCACAUACGCAGCCACAAACUGGGCACGCUAUCUAGCCACCACUCCAAUGAUGACCAAGAGGGAGGAGCAGAGGAAGAAGAGAUGAGUGUUUCAGAGGGUUUUGAUGGAGGCACAAGUCCAACCAAAAGCACCUCAGCUUGUAACCGUAUGAUGAGUGGAGAUGGUGCUGAAGAUAGUCGCAGGAAAGUGCCUGUGAGGAGCUUGAAAAGAGAGAAAUCUGUAAGUGACCAGCAGCCUUACUGCUGUCGUCUUUGUGGCUAUGAGGCCCAGCGGGAGGACCAGCUCCUGAGUCACAUUGAAAAGGUCCACAUUACUGUCGACACAGAUGAGCAGACAAGUGUUAAGGAAGAAGCCGUGGUUGAACCCGAAGUUCUCCAGCCUCAGUGCGAUGGGACCUUUCCUUGUGAAACAUGUGGCCAGGUCUUCACUCAGGCCUGGUUCUUAAAGUCACAUAUGAAGAAACAUGCAGGAAUCUUGGACCAUUGCUGUCGCAUAUGUGGGAGACGAUUUCGUGAAGCUUGGUUUCUCAAGUCCCACAUGAAAACACACAACACAAGAUCACGAUCACGAGCAAAAUCAGAUUCAACUGAGCAUCCAGCCACCAUCAACGAUGUAGCACAAGAUCCUGAAAUUGUCAGCUCUGUUGCAUCUGUCUAUCAAAUGUGCUCGAAAUGUGGGAACUUGUUUGAUAGCCGAGAGAGCUUGAGAGUCCAUGAUAAAGUCCACAGUCUCAGCUAUGGAAAGAAAUUGCAGAGCCGAUCACGACCCAUCGAUGAUGAGGACGCCCCAGCAGCGAAAAAAUGUUUACUUGACUACUUAUGCCUUCAGCCGUUUAGAGAAAAUGCUGAGGAUGAUGUCAGUAAUAGGAUACUGGGUCAGAGAAUCCCUGAGCUUGAUCCAGUUUGCAGCUACCAAGCAUGGCAAUUAGCUACUAAAGGAAAGGUUGUGGAACCAGUAGAGUGCAACAAGACUUCCAGUGAUGGAGGAAGUAUUGGAGAAGAAGACCUUACUGCAGCUGCUGUAGUGUAUGAGAAGGAAAGAAGCAGUUAUGUCCUUCAAGGUCAGGAAAGACGCAGCUCAGUUCGCCGCAGCAGCUCUGUUUUGGGAAACCAUGUUUCAUCUGGAGAUCAGACACCAGAGAGCCUCAGUGAUUCUGAGUACCGACCUUCAUCUCGCCAGGAACGGAGACGACCAUCACAGGCUCAAGGUCCCGCCAAAUCCAAUGAGUGCUUCGAAUGUGGUAAGAAGUUUCGCAGUCGCCACAAGAUGAUUGUCCACCAGCGCGUCCAUAGAAAGGAUGGAGUCAGGACGUCCAUCGAAAACAAUGUGAGAACUGAGAAUAAAGACCAAUGGGGCUCAACCAGUGACCAAGAGUCCGGCUCCCCAAGCCGACCUUUCACCCCGGGGUAUGGAGACUCUCCACCAGCCUCCACUCUCAGAGACCAUGCAUCCGAAAUGGGAACCGCUAACUCAGGGGAACUUGCAGAUGAAAACCCUUACGUCUGUAGCCUGUGUGACUUUGUUACCACCGAGUCAGAAACGUACCUGGCUCAUGUGCGUGUCCAACAUCCAGCGUCCUCCGAAGAGAAAACCAGCCCCAUUCCCAGAGUCGCCCCCAAUGGUUAUCCCAAGUUGCAGAAAGCCCUUCUGCAGGGGCUGACAAUAGCAGAAUCCCCUCCAGCUCACCCUUCAACUUGCUCCUCUCCACUGGAUCCUGUGGAUCUCUGUGUCAGAGCUGGGGGUCACAGGGGCAGAACCCCCACAAACCUCGACAGGAAAAUCCUCCCAAACCACAAGUGUUCCUUCUGCUCCCAUUCAACUCUCUAUCCCGAGGUUCUGUGGAUGCACCAGACUAUUGCUCACCGCAUGACCAGUAGUAGUUCCAAUCUGGCACCGAAAUGGGCUCUGAAAAACAGCAACAAGGCGUCCAAAAACCGCUUGUUAGCCCCUGUAAGGCGUACUGGUCCCCCACCGGUCAUGGAGGGUAAGGAAUGCCCACCACUGCCGGCGCUAGCACGUGUCCAACGCACACGGCCCCCAAUGCAGAAAAGCGAGGUACGAAAAAAACAAAAAACAAGUUCUCAUUCAGGUACAACACAACCAUCAUCCUCUACCCCCUCGCCUUUGCCGUCGAGAGCCUCCACAUCCGCCUCAAGAUCUCAAGCUGGGAAAGUCCCUCAGAAUCAACCUCCUUGCAUCAGACACAAAGUGACUAGCUCCUCUGGAGGAAACUCACAAUCAUCCUUCAUCUCUGCAGAGAAGAGCCCCAGCACCAUUUCACGACCACCAGCCCCAUACCCCAAUUCUUCCACAGCUUCCAGGAGGGCAGACCAUUACGCGAUGCCCCAGGAGGGACUGGGCUUCAUGCUUUCUAACAAGUAUAAUGGUCAAGCAGAGUACAACCGAGCUGGAGGCUCCUCUCAUCGGCCGCUCGCGAACUACCACAACGAGCAGCGUGCUAUUGCUACAAGGCCUAGUACCAUCACUCAUAGCUCCACGAUGGGACACAACUAUGGAGCCUCACAGGCACAUGGCAGCAUGCUGCAGACUUAUUUAGGUUCAUCCUCCUUUCCCUCAAAACCUAAUGAAAAUGUGAAGCAGGAGCCAUUGACAGAGAUUCAAGAAAUGCCAAACGACAUCCUCAGCUUCCUCAAAAACUACAGCCCCCAUGAUCUCGCUGCGCUUUACCACCGCUGGGGGGCCACUAAUGCACUUUUGGAUCCUACUGGGAUGCUGAGGUCUCUCAUGCAGCAGGGACAACAUUUCUGCCACGAGUGCGGGAAGAGUUUCAGUCAACCCAGCCACCUGCGCACACAUAUGAGGUCCCAUACAGGGGAGAGGCCUUUCUGCUGCCAGCUCUGCCCAUACAGAGCAUCUCAGAAAGGGAACCUGAAGACACAUGUCCAGAGUGUCCACCACUUGCCUUUUGACAACAACCAGUACCCAGACUCAAGGACCUUGUUAUCAAGCCCCGAGGAGCGAGGAGCUUGUCAGACCACCACCGACGUCACAGGAGCAGCAAUAAGUCCUCACAUACAAUCCAGGCCAGUCAGGGACUCACACAUCUGACUACACCAUCAUUACUUUAAAAAUAUGAGGACUCGAGGAAAUUUGCAGUUUUCGGGUGACAAUUUUAAAUAUGUUCUUGCUUCGCCUUCCUUUUACCAUCCUUUAAUGAGGGGUUUUCUAUAUUUUUUGUAGUUUGAAGGAGCUGUUUUAGAAUAAAUACAUAGAAAAGGCUGCUCUACAAUACAGUACAACAAGUACAGUACAGUCCUGUACAAGUUAGGGUUUGCACCCAUUUAUGUCUUAACGUGCAGUAAAAUGAAGUUUGCCAGCUCAACAAAUAAUAUGGGAAAAUGAAGACUGUGUUUAAUCUAUAUGUUUUUUUUCUAGGGUCCAUGACAAAACCCAUACUGUCCUAAUGGUAGUCCCAACAGAUAAAGAGUCCUACGGCUACUACUCGAGCAGCCGCAAACAUGCUUAAAAACGACUAGUGAUUAUUUGAUUAUCAAUGUAGUGGCCGAUAAAUGUUCUCUGGAUUGUAUAAUUGAUUAAUCGACUAAUCAUAGCAGCUAUAAAGAGUUUGUCUUCAGGGCUGGAAGCCAUUAAAAUGUCUGCGUGUGUGUGUGUGUGUGUGUGUGUGUGUGUGUGUGUGUGUGUGUGUGUGUGUGUGUGUGUGUGUGUGUGUGUGUGUGUCAGCAUGCACGAAUGUGUUAAAGUCACUGGGCUCCACUCUUUAAGUGCGGUCUUAGGAGUGACCACUCUGAGGGGGAAUGAUUAGAGGCAGGGAGGUGAGAUUAGUGAGAGAGAGAAAGAUGUGUCUGCACUAAUGCUCAUUAAAAAGAGUUGCGUUUUAAUAGCCAUUAUAAAUGAGUGUACCGUUUUUAUGGUCAUACAAUUAUUGUCAAUUGAAGAGGAAGGGGCUGAGUGCCGGCAGUUUCCAUCUAUAUAACUCCUUUAUAUUACUGAGCCUUUCCCACACUGACACUUUGACUUUGAUUUACGCUGCAAACCUGCAGUAGGAGCGGCACGAAGUCUCAGAUAGAAAUUGCACAAAUUACAGUCCGGCUUGUGCACUUUUGGUGGCAAAUAUAAUUCUGUUAAUGUGCUAAAUGACACUAAGAUGGCAAAAAGCACAGAGAUGUUCAAUAGUCAGAUUCAUUUUAGACUUCCCUUUUUACUCGAAAAAAAUGACAUAGAUUCACUGCAACCCCUUUUAAGAUUUAUGUACCAGACACAUUUUAGUUUCUUGGUUACUGUCUUAAAGGGGUACUGCAGUUUUUUAAAAUGUUUGCCUAUCUUUCACAAUCUUUACGUGAGACAAGAAAACAUAUGUCUUCCUUUUUUCAUCCAUUCUAACUAGUAAAUAAAUGUGAUCAUGAGAGCCAACAAACACAACAAAACAUCACCUACUGUACAAUGAUUUCUCUCACUGGGAUGCCGACUAAUGGGAUGCUCAUAUAUUCCUGUUUAGAUGAAGAAUGACUCAUAAUCCUCACAAAGAAAAAAGUGGGGUGCAACUAAGCGUCUUUUCAUGUUUUUCUCACCAUUUCUGGGUCUAAGUUGGAUGCCAAAGUUGAACAACUUUCCGGAUUAUGUCCUCAUCCGUCUACUACCAAAGUGAGAGACAUUAUUUAUGAUCUACAAGAAACUUUCACAAGUUCCGAGACGAGAAAGCAGCUCACCAGCUGACGAUGUAUGUCUGUGUUAGUGCUUAUAAUAAUAUCACUAACACUUGGUUAGUAUUCCGGUCAUUGCUGGCGGUUUUUGGAUGGUUAUUUAGAAGGCGUUAUGGGCGAAAUAGACUCCAUUGUCAGUGGACUUUUGUAUACAUCUGUCUUCUUGUCUCUCAUAAUGAUCAUGAACGAUAGGCAACAUUUUAAAAAGAAAAGUGCAGUUCUCCUUUAAUGUGGUCAACUACUUGAUCAGCGUGCACAGCACAUUAGCAUUGGACUCUGCAACUGAUCACCACAACUGAAUACAACUCAAUACCCAGAAUAAAGUGGUUGUCGUUAUUGAAUGAUUUGUAUCUUAGGAUGCCUAGAGUUCUAAGAAAGAGUGCAGCCUGCGGUCAAAAAGUCAGGCCUGCAUGCCUUGUUGGUCCCAUAGCGGGACAUUUAACAAUGCAGCCUCAGGACUUUCCUCGACAAUACAACCUAGUAUUUUCACACCCAUUCUAUCCUUCAGCCAUGCCGCUAAAUAAUGACCUCAUAGCUGUUUUAGAGCACAUGUGUGCAUGUGGUUUUUUUCAACCUGGAAAUACGGUGGUACCUCAACUUACAAGUAUUUUGAGAGCUGUCUCCUGCCUUUAAGUUGCUAGCAUUCCUGGCGCUGGUUGUAUUUGUCCACAACCAGAGAGCGACACAAUCCUGCCCUCCAACCACCAGAACUGAAAAAGGGAGUGAAAAGGAAAGACACUCAUCAAAUCAGAAAAACAAAUCAAUUAAAAACUUGGGAUGUACGAUAUCAUCACAGUUUAAAGGCCACGGUACGGUAUUAUUGCGGUAUCUUCCAAAAAAAAGAAGAAUUGGUAAUAAUGCCAUCGUGUGUAAAAUGAAAUGGCAAGAUUGUUAACGAUAAACACACUUACUGUAAUUGAACACAAACAUAAUGCUCAAAUUAUCUAAUCAUAUUUUUUACUAUAAACGAGUAUUUUGAAGUGCAAAUAAUAGUGCUGUAACAUCCAGUGUUUCAAGUAACAAGCAAAUAUAAAAAUAUAGUUUGGUGUUUUUAAACUGACCGUGUAAACAUCCAGUGUAACAAGUGUAAAACAAAAAUGUUCACCUUUAACUUACUGAGACCCCGAGAAUGCUGACAAUUUCACUUUAAUACCUCACAAAUUGAGGUGAUGGUUAAUCAAGUGGCUUCUCAUAUUUCUAAUAGUACCCGACUUAUGUCUGCCAACUUUUUGUUGCAUGUCCGCGCUCCCACACGAAAUCACUCCAUGUCUAUUCUCAUUCGUCAGAUUGAAGAGAGACAUGUUUCCUCCUUGAUCUGCGGUCCCUUCCAAGGUUUCUCAUUGUCAUCCCAUUGGGUUGAGUUUUUCCUUGCCCUGAUGUGGGAUCUGAGCCGAGCAUGUCGUUGUGGCGUGUGCAGCCCUUUGAGACACUUGUGAUUUAGGGCUAUAGAAGUCAAGUUUGAUUGGUUGAUUGAUACCGUGUAGCAGACUCGGCGAGAAAGCCUGACCGCAGCACCGCCAGUCCGCACCAUUCCGAAAGUAAAAGUCAGCCUGCACAUUUAUCGAGACAUUUAUCCAUGAGAAUAUCGAGAAGCUGCUGAAUAGUGUACACAACCCGCUUCAGUUCGUGUUCAAUUCAAACCGGACAAUCAAGCAGUAGCUUGGGGCGGUAUAGCUCGGUUGGUAGAGUGGCCGUGCCAGCAACUUGAGGGUUCCAGGUUCGAUCCCCGCUUCCGCCAUCCUAGUCACUGCCGUUGUGUCCUUGGGCAAGACACUUUACCCACCUGCUCCCAGUGCCACCCACACUGGUUUAAAUGUAACUUAGAUAUUGGGUUUCACUAUGUAAAAAGUGCUUUGAGUCACUAGAGAAAAGCGCUGUAUAAAUAUAAUUCACUUCACUUCACUUCACUUUGCUCACUGGGUCACGUCGGUUGCUUUCAUCUCUGACCUCUCCAGUCCGACAUGCAAAGACGUCCGUGUGCAACAUAAACAACAAUAACAAUUACUAUAUUUACAUGACGGAGAAGAAGCCUGAAUGACACGCCACAUUCGUCCGGUCCCCAAGUAAAUACUGUACAAUAUUAUUAUUUAUUAUUAAUUCAUAAAACUACUGUGCUACUUUCGAUUGUAAUGUAAUGUGUUUUUCUUUUUCAGAAUCAGAAUCAGAUUUAUUUGGCCAAGUAUACUUGCAUAUACAAGGAAUUUGUCUUCGGUAGUAUUUAGCUCUCUAAACAUACAACAAAUAGACAAUUAUACAUUCACUGAGCAAGCAAAUACUUUUAAAAGGCAUGUUACAUAAAAAAAUGGUGGUAUUGUGAGAGGGUCAAGUACGGAUGAAAUACAUUUAGGUUCAUUUCAAUGGGAGACAUUGAUUUGAGAUACGAGCAUUUUGAGUCAUAGAACCAAUCUAGCUCGUAAAUUGAGGUACCACUGUACUUAAUCAUUGGAAAAAAUUGUAAUUAGGAAAGGAUUACUAACAUCCACUCUGCAGCCUUUCUUCAACAUGUGUGCUAGCCGGCAUCAUUUGCGUGUUAACUUGAAGAAGAUGGCUGGGCUAUAUGAGGAGUUUUUUUUGUCUCUUUUACUUGGGUUUGUUUCCUCAACAACCCCAAAUUGAGUAAGCCAUGCAUCAACGCUUUGUGGGGAAGAAGAACAAAUUGUCAGGGAAUUUAAAUGUUUUUGCACGGGUGGACGAUGCAAAACUGUUAACAGAGAAUGAGACUAUUAAGUCUGUUUUGAAACCUCAGUAGUUUUUAACGACCAAACAAUGGAUGUAAUACCAGCUUGUCGUUGAGAUAUGCAUACAAUAUUGUGUGCUUCAAUAUGCCUAAUGAUACACAAAUGUGUGUAUUGAAGUUGUGCAUUGGUGAAAAUACUUGAAAAUGGAUAUUCUAGCCUUGUAGUGUAGAGUAGUACUAAUACCCACGUUGUACAGAAUUCCCUUUAAGAUGAAUAAUAACCUCCUCGGUUAGGAAUUUGUACUCCGAAGUGUGACUUGGAAAAAAGUGUGCAGGCGGAGUGAGUGUAAUAUAAACGAUGUACGUGUAAUCCAAUCCUACCAAACCCUUUAUAUACAGCGGUAGAAACCAAAUGGCAUUUUUAGUGCACUUAGAAUAGGUUACUGCGUUUAACUUUGGGUUCAGUUCUAGCCAAGGUUACGUUGAGAACGUUUCUUUAACAGUGCCAGCUUAAUGUAAAUCUGGAAGCGUUUUGCAUAGAUUUUAAUGACAGUUUAGUUAUGUUUCCUGAGGGAAAGUUUGACAAGUGCUUAUUGUUCAUGAAGAUGUAAGAGCUUGUUUUUAGUCUCUAUUUGCUAAAUUGUAGGAUUUGUGUCAUUAACUCGCCCUGUCUGGCCUCCCACUGGGACUGUUUUUUUUUCUUCUUUUGGGGGUUUAUCACUUAUUUUAAGUUGUAUUUUUUUCUGUCUGUGAGCUUUUUAUUUGUAAUCAACUUCAUGAUUAAAUGUACCUUAGACGACCUUAUUAUUCCAAGUGUUUUGGUUGGAAUCUGUAUUUAUUAUCACUUCAAAAAGGACACAAGGACAGAGGCAGGACGGUUGUUUGGUAGUUUUGAUUUUUCUGGGUUACUAUUUUUUUUUUUUUUACUGUGUCGUUUUAAAGCCAGCAAGCUGAAGUGAAAGCUCUACCUCGUCUGAGCCAUUCUCAGUUCUGUUACACUUUUGUAAAUCAUUUCAAAAACAUGUUAUGUCAUGUCCACAAUAAAGACACACAAAAUGGCAAGGUUUGG